AUGCAUCUUCUCGAUACAAGUACGUUGCGUUUGCACGAGUUCACCGAGGGCCAGGUUCCUAAAUACGCCAUCUUAUCACACACCUGGGGCGACGAAGAAGUCCUCUUUCGAGAUAUCGAUAAAUACCCUACUAGCAAAGCCGGAUGGUCCAAGAUUCAGUCUGCCUGCCGCGUGGCCCGCGAACGAGGUCACUCCUGGAUCUGGAUCGAUACCUGCUGCAUCGACAAGGCUAGCAGCAGUGAGCUGUCAGAAGCUAUCAACUCCAUGUUCAGGUGGUAUAAAGAGGCCGAGAUCUGCUUUGCCUACCUUUCAGAUGUCGUACACUCCGAGCCAGGGACCGAAGAGUGCGAGACGACUCUGGCUGGGAGUCGGUGGUUCACCCGCGGGUGGACGCUCCAGGAGCUCCUGGCCCCACCAUCUCUGGACUUUUAUGCCCAAGACUGGAGACCUCUGGGACCGCGAAGGCUUUUCGGCGGCGUCAUAGAGCAGAGAACAGGUAUCAGGAGACGUUACCUUUCGGCAGGGCGGAAUGUGAAUAGCGCGAGUGUAGCCGAGCGGAUGAGCUGGGCCUCACAAAGGAAGACGACCCGAACUGAAGACGUUGCGUAUUGUCUACUGGGUAUCUUUGACGUCAAUAUGCCGCUGAUCUACGGUGAAGGCACCAAAGCCUUCCAGAGACUGCAAGAGGCAAUCAUCCGGGACCAUGACGACCAGUCCAUCUUCGCAUGGGGACGUAUUGUCAAGGGGAACGCAGGCAUCAUUCGGGAAAUGGGCGGACUCGACUGGCCGCUCCUCGCGCGGAGUCCUGCAUACUUCAAGGACUCAGGCGACGUAAUACCAAUCUACAAUAUCCCCAGUACUCGAGUGCGCAUCGAAAAUUCGGGUAUCGUCAUUGGUACUCCACUCCUUGCAGAGACGCCUUCUAGAUGGAUUGGAGGCCGCGUCAGGAUCGCUUUCUUGGCGCCUCUGCUUUGUCGGCGCCGCAACGACAUCUUCAACACCAUCGCGCUUCCUGUGCAAAGCAUCACGGCCACACCUGAUUUCGACCAUCUCGAAAGCCUGUCCUACUACAGAGCCUCGGACCGGCUUUCGACCUUUUCAAUGAACGUUUGGACGAGUGAGAGACUAUGUUCUGCUUUCAUCAAGUUU